AGAGUAGAUAAUUAUUAAACCUCAGGUGUUCGAGGUACAAUGGUAACAUUGUCCAAGAGCCAUAGAUGGCGUCGACAGCUUGAUUUUACUGUCAGUUGCUGUGUAAUUUUACCUCAGUUACUCUCUCUACAGCUUCUCUUGUAUCUGAGGCACCAUGAUUCACAGCCUCUUUAUCAUCAACUCGUCUGGGGACGUGUUUAUGGAGAAACACUGGAAGAGCGUCAUCCCUCGGUCCAUCUGCGACUAUUUCUUCGAUGCUCAGAGGAAAGCCAACAACAAUGAGGACAUCCCCCCCGUCAUCACCACACCUCACCACUACCUCAUCAGUGUGCUGCGUAGUAACCUCUUCUUCAUCGCUGUCUGUAUGACUGAAGUUCCUCCACUGUUUGUCAUCGAAUUUCUGCACCGGGUUGUUGACACGUUCGAGGACUAUUUUGGGGAGUGUACUGAGACCAUCAUCAAGGAGCACUAUGUGGUGGUGUACGAGCUCCUGGACGAGAUGUUGGAUAAUGGCUUCCCCUUGGCAACUGAGAGCAACAUCUUGAAGGAACUCAUCAAGCCUCCCAACAUCCUGCGUACCAUCGCCAACACUGUCACCGGCAAAUCCAAUGUGAGCGCCACGUUACCGACCGGCCAGCUGAGUAACGUACCCUGGAGGCGUUCGGGUGUCAAGUACACCAACAAUGAGGCUUACUUUGACGUGACGGAGGAAGUGGACGCCAUCAUUGAUAAAUCCGGUGCAACAGUCGCGGCAGAGAUACAAGGCUAUAUUGACUGUUGUAUAAAGCUAACAGGGAUGCCGGACCUUACGCUGACCUUCAUUAACCCGCGGCUGUUUGAUGACGUCAGUUUCCACCCGUGCGUGAGACUGAAGCGUUGGGAGUCGGAGCGGGUGUUGUCUUUUGUGCCUCCAGACGGCAACUCGCGGCUCCUCUCCUACCACAUCGGCUCCCAGUCUGUGGUGGCGAUUCCCGUCUACAUAAGGCAUAAUAUUUCCUUCCGAGAUGUUGGGGGCGGAAGGCUGGACAUCACUGUGGGACCCAAACAAACUAUGGGGCGGUCGGUAGAGGGAGUUGUACUGGAGGUGCCGAUGCCCAAAUGUGUGUUGAACUGUACCCUAACUAUAUCCCAGGGCAAAUACACGUUUGACCCCGUGUCCAAGGUCUUGCGUUGGGAUUUGGGACGCAUCGACCCCACCAAACUCCCCAACAUGCGUGGAAAUAUCAGCGUACAAACUGGCUGUCCCCCACCAGAAAGUAAUCCUACUAUAAACGUACAGUUUACAGUCACCCAGCUGGCACUGUCGGGGCUGAAGGUGAACCGUUUAGACAUCUACGGAGAGAAGUACAAGCCAUUUAAAGGAGUCAAGUACAUCACUAAGGCGGGGCGCUUCCAAGUUCGCACAUAGAUGUCUUGCGAUAUUGUCCUGUAAUAAGCUGGGAGGUAAUCUUCACGCGAUCCAUCGAAAAGAAGAUAAAUUGUCACAACUUUGAGGAAGAAAAAGGAAAACAGAUUUGUAUAUUUCUCUGUUGGUGUUGAGAAUUUAUAUAUGAAAGGUUUACUGGGAGAUGGUUCACCAACUGAGAGUCUUUAGUUUCUCACUUAAAUAUAAUAUAAUGGAGUGGAGAGUCAUAACCAAAUUAUAAACUUGAGAUCUGAUAAUAUUUGUUCAUAUACUGUACAGGUAAACCUCGAUAAACGAUGUCUUGUUCACCGAUAUUCCGCUUUAACGAUGGUCGUGAAUUAAGACCAUCCCGCUAAAUACGAUAAAAUAAAUCGCUUUAACGUUAUCCAUCAAAUAUAGAUUGGUGGAUAAUAUUUUUGUUUAUCUCUUGGGCAAACUAAGGGUUGUGUAUACUCAAGUUAAUUGCUACCUUGCAAGGAUUCCAGCAUUUUUUUUUUGGGGGGGGGGGCACUUCACUAUAUCCUUGUGUAAGGUAAAGAG